AUUAACUAGCUGUCGAGUGGUUGUUAUUAAGCGGCUUUGAUUAAUUUUGACUUUAACUAUUUGUGUAUCCGUAAAAACGUUUUUUGGAAUUAAAAUUUAUGGCCCAAAGUCUUCAUGAAAUCGAUUUAAGUUCGCUAUCGUGGAAAAAUAUUAAGAAUGAUAGCCUUGAUCUCGAAUAUGCCGUAACGAUCCCAAGAGUUUUUGGUAAGAUUUAUCCGUUACCUCGCCAACAAGUGGCCUUUGGUGAUCCUGGUAUAUCUUAUACGUAUUCUGGAAUAACAGUUCCGGCCUUACCAUGGACUCCUGCAAUACUCAGUAUAAGAGACUUUUUGUUCAAAUUGAAGGGUAUUAAAUAUGAUUUUGUCUUGGUAAAUAAGUACAGAAAUGGAAACGAUCACAUGGGUGAACAUAGAGACAAUGAACCCGAUCUUGAUCCAAAUUUUCCAAUAGCUUCUGUUUCUUUUGGAGCGGAAAGACCGUUCAUAUUAAAACAUAGAGAUGCAAGGAAGCCAGGACCAAAUAAAAAAGCGAUACCAAAGAUUACAAUCAAUUUGGAGCAUGGGAGUGUACUAUUGAUGAAUCCACCUACAAAUGAAGUGUGGUAUCAUAGUUUGCCUACUCGUAAAAGGAUACUGGGUGCAAGGAUAAAUUUAACUUUUCGUAAAAUGCGUACAAAAAAGAUUUCAUAA